CAGAGUAGUUUCAUACGGUACGGUAGUGCUCCCGCGGCAAACGACGUAAUCGGACGCACGGUCAUGCGAGAGGCAGCUGGCAGGAUGGCCGAGCUCGAAUUCGAAGCACCGCUCGCGCAAAUCGAAGACGCCGACGAUUGCCUCACGACGGCCGAUUACCCACAAAAAACCAUAAAUGGCAAUGACAUACGCUUCAACAAUAUCAAUAAUCUCAAAAGUGAAAUUAAUAAAAUUAAAACUGACUCCAACCGAAUAAACGACAAUGAUGAACCAAAAUUGGUGAAGUGCAAACAGGAUAAUAUGCGGAAUGGCGAGGGAGACAACUUCACGGAGACUUUCUCCGGUUCGCUGGAGGAUCUGGUGAACACCUUCGACGAGAAGAUCACCAAGUGCUUCGGGAAUUACGAGGAGAGUGUGGAAAAACUUGCGCCAGUCCAAGUUCGUUCGCAGGAAGAAAUUAUGAACGAGUGCCAGAUGUGGUGGACAAUUACCGGCAACUUCGGAAACAUUCUACCAAUCGACUGGACCAAGUCGUUCUCCAGAAAAAUGCAUAUCCCUACCUUGAACCUGAGUGAUAGAAAGGGUUCAAUGACACCUGAUGACGAGAUACACAGUUCAGAAGAUGAGGCAGUAGCUUCCGACCUGGAUAUGCACGCACUCAUACUUGGAGGUCUUCACCAGGAUCACGAGUGUCCCGUCAAAACUGCUGAUGAGGUAAUUCAAGAAAUAGACGACAUGAUGCAGGAAACACCUUCGUCAGAAGGUGACAUAAUUGAGUACAACGAGGCUCUGGAGAAAGGAAAGGAGGUUCUGAACUCACCUUUAUAUGAAGACAAACUCCGUCAACUUUCGCUGUCCCAAUUGAACGAGAUAUUUAUGGAGCUGGAAGUCCUGAUCAGAGAGUUCUCGGAGACGCUGAUCGCUGAGCUGGCGCUGCGAGACGAGCUGGAGUACGAGAAGGAAUUGAAGAACACGUUCAUAUCGCUUCUGCUGGCCGUACAGAACAAACGUAGACAGUACCACAUAGAGCAGAAAAAGAGAGGAGGCACGCCGCGGUCGCCUAAUUUGAACAAUAGUCAUUCGGAAUCCAAGUACUUGACCACAGUGAUACCCUUCCACUUGGACAACGGCCCACCAGACAACCAGACUCUACAAGUGCUCAUCAAAAUACUGAAGGCGAUAAACGAAGACAGCCCUACCGUACCUACACUCUUAACGGACUAUAUCCUGAAAGUACUUUGUCCAACUUAAACGUUGAACACAAUUCUAGCAAAUUUCUAUAGAUCUAUACCUAAUACCUACAUGGCUACUAUUAACAUUUAACACUAGAAAAUAUAUUCCUUAAGAAUACCUUAAGCAGCGGCGGUCUUACUCAUUGCGGGGCUCCGGGCUUUGCGUGUGCUACGUUAAAAUGUGUAUGUGAUGCGAACGAUUAUGCGGUUUCUCCGCUGAUUCAAGAAAACUAUACCGUAUUAUAUUUUUUUUUUAAUACGUGUCCUUUAUUUGUAAAUUGUAGUGUUGGUAAUUUUGUUCAUUUGCGAUUAAACGCCUAAAUCGAGAGGUUUUUGCAACGUGCCACAUAUACAUAGGUACAACAAGCAAAAUGUUACUAGGCCCCUACAAGAGCGAGGCCCCAGGCAAUUGCCCUGUUCUCCACCCCCUAAGACCGCCACUGACCAUAACAGAAUUUAUAUGGACAUGUCCCAUAAAUAGUUAAUAAAAUUAUUGUAACGUUUUUUUUAAAUUGUUCAUACUAAAUCAAAUUAUAUAUGGUUCUGCUAACUUAUUAUUAUAACGAUAUCAAUUCAGUUUUAAGUGAGUAUUCUAUUACUCAAAUAAUGGAUAAUAGUGGAUUUGUAAAUAGUGACAUAUGUAGAUAAGUUGGGUAUAAUAUAAUUUAUAUGAACAUUUCAACAUUGCACAUACAUACUUAGAUAUUGAUUUCUAUUAACUAUCAUAAGUAAAUGUAUACAAAUAUAUUUUAAGCUCACGCUUCGUAUUACAGAACACGUCUUUAAAUUGCUUCCAUAGAUAUUCAUCGUAAUAAGUCACUUAUUAUUAAGGUUUCAAUAGUUUAAAAUAUUAAAAAACAAAAAUAAAA